CGAACCAAUAAUACCAAUUACGUAAAAUUAAACUGACAGGAGUAUAACAAAUCCAAUUUAUAAUCGUAUAAUAAACAGUAGGGGUACCUAUUUCGAAUUCAGUUACAUUCUAGUCAGCGUUAAGGUAGGCGAGUGAUGGAAAUCGAAGUUGACGAAUUCUGAUCUUGAAAGAAUAUUUUGUGCAGAGGUUUUUAAAGCAAAAUGGUUACAGAAGCGUUUAUAAAAGCCGAAUACCCAUUACAUUGGUGUGUUUGGAAAAACGACUAUAAAAGUUUGGGAGCUCUUCUAUCAUCAAAGCAACACAACAAAGAGAAGUUAGAUGUACGAGGUAGGUCCCCUCUAAUGUUAGCUGUAACAUUAGGCCAUUUGGAAUCGACUAGGACAUUACUACAUCACGAAGCUAAUGUUAAUUGUGAAAAUUUAAAUGGUUGGACAGUGGUACAAGAAGCAGUUGCUACCGGUGAUCCGGAGCUAGUACAGAUUGUUCUUGAAAGUAGGGAUUUUCAGAGGUAUACAAGUAGAAUGGCAGGGAUUCCCGAGCUAUUACAUAGAUUAAAAGAAGCCCCUGAUUUUUAUGUAGAAAUGAAAUGGGAGUUUACCAGUUGGGUCCCUCUGGUGUCUAGGAUGUGUCCUAGUGAUAUUUAUAAGGUUUAUAAACAGGGAUCUAGUGUACGGAUUGAUACAACGCUUUUAGGAUUUGAUCAUACCAGUUGGCAGAGGGGGAAUAGAAGCUACGUUUUCCAGGGACACACUAUUAAUAUGUGUGCUCCAAUAAAGGGAGAAAGGAGCUACGUGUUCCAACUAAAAAGUUUUUCAAAAACUGAUGACGGUGCUGUAAUGAUGGAAAUAGACCAUGAUCUUCAACAAGUGUAUUGUGAACAAAUGAAAACAACAGAAGAUUCUUUGAGUAUUUUAAUGCCGAACGAAGAAUCUGUAUCACAACGGUUAACAACUCCUAUAGUUACAACUUAUAUCGAUACAGAAAAAAUCAGUUUCGAAAGAAAUAAGGCUGGUUUGUGGGGCUGGAGAUCAGAUAAGACUGAAGUUGUCAAUGGGUAUGAAUGUAAAGUAUUUAGCGCUUCGAAUGUAGAAUUAGUGACUAAAACUAGAACGGAACAUCUAACAGAGACUGAUAAAGCUCGUAGUAAAAAUAAUAAACAUCCAUUACAGAAUUUUCUGGGUAUAGCAGAAGUUUCUGAAUCUCAGGCUGCCUCCUUACUUCCAAACGAAGAAUACAGUAAUUCUAGUAACCCUUGUAAUAUAACACCUGAAGAGUAUUUCGAUAAAGAUGUAGAUCUAAACGCUCAGGAUAGAGAUAUCGGUCGACCUAAAGAGGUUCAAGUCAAGGUUCAAAAGUUUAAAGCUAAUCUGUGGUUGUGUGAAAAUUAUCCUCUGUCUUUACCGGAACAGAUACUUCCUAUUGUGGAUUUGAUGGCGAUAUCUAGUUCUCAUUUUGCCAAAUUGAAGGAUUUUAUACAGAUGCAAUUGCCUUCUGGGUUUCCUGUUAAAAUUGAAAUACCUCUGUUUCAUAUUUUGAAUGCGAGAAUAACUUUCGGGAACAUAUUCGCCAUGGACGCCGAUGUGCCCCUUGUUACUAAUAUUCAAGAAGAUAAUCGACUGACUUGUGUACUAGACGAUUCUCUGUUCAAAUGUCCUUCCGGAUAUGCUCAAAUUGGUUUAGAUGGAAGACGUCAAUUUAGUAUGGAAGAAGAAGAUGAUUUACUCCAAUUUGCCAUACAACAAAGUUUGAUAGAUGCUGGUACGGAAAGGGAGGAGGUGGAUAUUUGGGAAGCACUUAGAGCUCAGAAACCUUCCAGACCGGAAACGCCCAACUUAGUUGGGGAGGAAGACAGGCAGUUGCAAAGGAAACGUCAAAUUUUAACACCCGAACCAAAAAGUUUAAGACCUAUAAAAGAAAAUUUGAGAAAAAAUUCAUUCUAAUGCUCAAUUUAUCGCUUUAUUUUUCCCCUUUAGUCUCCAUAAGCUCCCAUUUAGUUUCAUAUUUUUUUAUUAUUAUUAAUUUAGUAGCUUUUGCCUUUGUUGCAAUAAAAUCUAGUUACAAGCAUAAUUUUUUCUAAAAAAAUCGAAUUAUAUCAAUUAUUUUAUUUUAUAUUGUAAAUAUGAACAAAUGAUUUAUUUACCUUACUAAAGCAUUCGACUCUGUUGUAACUAAUAACAAAAUUCCACUCCCUUGAGGAUAUAGGACCAUUCCAGGUGCCAAAGAUCUUCAUCUUUUAUUUAAUAUGCUCCCAGGUAUUAUGCGAAGAUACCUUAACCUCUAAAAAUAUAGAAUUGCAUCAUCUAGUCUAUAUAAAAUGGAAAAUAUCGAAAAUUGCAAUGUAAUUAUAGAUCUUUCUAAAGCAUUUGAUCCUGUUAGUCAAUGAUCACAAUAUCGUACUGAGUUAUCUAUUACUGAAAACCUAUUAUCCUCAUAACCAAGUCACCGAUCAUCUGUAUGCAAAGUUCCAUAGUAUUUAAGUUGUUUAACUUGAUUUGGAGAUGAAAUACGUGGUUAUGGAGGAUAAAAAACUCAUCCACAAUUCUGAACACGGGCAGAAACUAGUCCAGGUUGUGCCAGAACGACACCAAAUAGCCUUACAAACUUUUUAUUUACUAUAAACCUAUUAAUCUUAUAUCGAGUGAUUGUUUGGGGUGUGAAGAUAUCAUUAGGGUGUUCAAAACGUUAUGCAUAAAUUGUUCUAAAUUUAUCUGGAUUUGUAGAAGAAAUAUACUGCUAAUAAUAGUUGUCAAACAAACUAAAUGUUCAAAUUUUGAUAGAAGUCGAAUGAUAGAUGUUUGUUGUAUAAAAGAAAGUAAGCAAAAACUGGUGUUUGAAAGGCUUAUUUACCAUCUGGAAUUGGUCCAUUUCCUCGGUCACUUUUUUAUGGUAUACUCCAAUGUACAAUUCUAUGAAGUUUAUUAAUUGUUAUUUUACUGCACAUGCGUAUAUUGCUAGAUUAUACUUAUAUUGUAGAGCUAUCCAGGCUAGUUUAGAGCUUUAUCAAAAGAACACGACUCCGGGUAGUUUGCUACCAGAAAACAACAGUCCCGAAAUGGAUUCCGAUCUAAAUUUGGCCCUACUCCUGUCCCAACAAGAAGAAGAAAAGAAGAGACAGCGCGAAGAAAAAGAGAGGCUGGAAGAACAAAAAAUAUUGGCGGAUAUUUUGGAAUUGUCGCUUAAAGAAAAAUAAUUUUUUUUUUGAAGGGGUGAUAACAAAAGGCAUUGAACGAAUCAUAUUUUUGUUGUUAUUUUAAGAAAAUAUUCAAACCGAUGGAACGCGUCCUCUAUAAUAUUCAAUUUCAAUACAUAUCUGUAGAUUAUUUUUAUUUUAUACUGAAAAUAUGUUUGUUUAUUGCUAUUAUUGCAAAUUUUGCACUUUACUAAUUUAUUGAUUUUUAUUAAAACAAAUCUAACUUAAAUGAAAAUGUAGCUUGUCCUGCAGGAUAUCUAUUCGAGAAAAAUAUUUGUCCCGAAAGAAUUUCCGGUCAGUAUAUUUAACAAAACUUGCCAGGUUUCUAAUAAAAAUAUCAAUUUUGAGGUAUACUUUGGUCUUUUUUUUGAAAAAAUAAAAAUAAACGACUGAAGAAGAAAAAAAUGUACAUAUUAUAUAGAAGUAUCUAAUAUUUCAUAAAAUUUCUGUUUAAAAAAAAAUAAUUUUUAUAAAAAAUGUGGUAAAUAUCAAGAUUAGGUUGCAACCCACCGAUUUCGUUGAAAUUUUAGUAUGUUGUUUACACUGGUCAAUAUAGGGUGCGGAAACCAUCCCUUCAGGUACUUCUUUUCGUUAGAAUAAUCAAAUAACUAUAAUAAUUCCAACCCUUUUAAUUCUCAAAAUGAAAAAGGGAUACUAACCUAAACUAACAUACUAAAAUUUUAACGAAAUCGGAGGGGUGUAACCUAAUCUGGAUAACUACCAAAAAUGUUUAUAAUUUUUUUGGAUUUUUUCUACUUUUUUCAUUUUUGGAAUAAUAUUCAAAAAAC